GACCACAUACGACAAUACAACCAUACAGCCGUGCUUCACCGCUGCCAAGACUAUUCCACGACAGCCGCUUGAACUUCGUUCGACGUGGACCAUCUGCGAAUGACAACCUGGCAGCCAGGUCAUGAUAGCACUUGGGAGCCAACCCUGCGCCAGAUCAGCACAAAUACGGCGUGUGCUCGAAAUACAGCCACUGCCGUCCAUCGCCGUUACGCUUACCAUCUGCAGAUCUUAACAACAAAGUCUCAUUGCCACCCCUCCCCCAAAGGAAAAAACAAGUUGGAUGGGCCAAGGUCCGAACGCUCUCGCAAGACAUCAUCACCACACUGCAUUCCUACUCCACCAGCAGAAAGGGCGCUUCAUGGUCGUUGGCGCGACGUCAUCUGGCCAGGUUGGCAUCGGCCAAUGCCCUAUUGUACCGUCAUGGUUUUGUUUGGCUCAUCGAGGGUCGUCACGGCUCAUUGACGGGGCUCUCAGCAUGUCAAGUCUCGGAUGUCGAACACAUGACAUGUCUGUAAAUCACACUUGUGCUUGUACCACAGCCUGGUAACACCAUACAGGAACAAGUCAACCCCCCAAUUGGAAUUGAAUUGCACAG